GCAGGCCUCGACGGCGACGACCGCGUCGCCGUCGCCUUGAGAGACGGCGUCGCCGCGGCGCUCGCGUUUCUCGCGCUCCCCCUCGCCUGCACCUUCGCGCCGCUGUCGCGGUCGCUGCGCGCGAGCGAGUACGCGUUCGAGUUCGAGGACCUGCCCGCGGCCGCGGUCCUCGUGCACGACGACGACGGCGCGGAGGUCUUCGUCGCCGCCGCGAGAGAGGCAUCUUUACCGGUCGUCGUCGCCGUCGUCGGCACGCACGGGUUCUUCUCCGUCGAGCCGCGCGGCGCCGCGGCGGCGCCGCGGCCCGCGCGCGGCGGCGACGCCGUCGCGCUCGUGCUCCACACGUCGGGCUCCACGGCGCGGCCGAAGCUUGUGCCGCUGUCGCACGCGAACCUCCGGGCGGGCGGCGUGGCCAUCGCGACCGCCCUCGAGCUCGCGCCGGGGACGACGGUGCUGAACGUCAUGCCCCUCUUCCACAUCCACGGUUUAGCCGCGAACGUGCUCGCGGCGCUCGCGGCCGGCGCCUGCUGCGUCGCCGCGCCGGGCUUCGCGGCCCUGGGCCCGGCGGGCGUCCUGGACGCGCUGCGGGGCGUCGACGGCUACUCGGCCGUGCCGACGAUGCACGCGGCGCUUUUGGAGGCCUUGGCCGGCGACGGGACGUCGGGCCGCGUGAGCUACGCGCGCAACUGCAGCGCGGCGCUCCCGCCGGCCGUCGCCGCGCGCCUCGAGGCGGCCUUCGGCUGCGAGGCCAUCGCGACCUACGCGAUGACGGAGUCCAUGCCCAUCGCGGCGAACCCGCGCGGCCGCGGCCGGCGCCUCGACACCGUCGGCCCCGCGAGCGGCCCGGACGUCAGGCUCCUCGCGCCGCACCCGUCGCGGGACGAGGUCGCCACGGGCGAGGUGUGCGUCCGCGGCGCCUGCGUCACGGCGGGCUACGAGCGCCGGGGCGACGCCGACCCGAACGCGGCGCUGUUCGCGGACGGCUACCUGCGGACCGGCGACCGCGGGACCUUUUUGGCGGACGGCCACCUCGUCCUCGACGGCCGCUUCAAGGAGACGAUCAACCGCGGCGGCGAGCAGCUCUCGCCGCUGGCCGUGGAACAUGCGCUCGCGUCGCACGCGGCCGUGGGCUCCGUCGUCGCCUUCGCGGCGCCCCACGCGCGCCUGGGGGAAGCCGUCGGCGUUUUAGUGGCGCUCCGGCCGGGCCGCGUCGCGUCCCUCGGCGACCUGCGGCGCCACGCGGCCAGGACGCUGCGCGACGCGCACCUGCCCGCGGCGCUCGUCGUCGCGAGCGGCGCGCCCCUGGGCCCGACGGGCAAGGCGCUGCGCGUCGGCCUCGCGGCGCGCCUGGGCCUG